UCACGCCCGUCACCACCUGCCAGCUGCCUGCUUGCCCUGCGCCCUCGGCACUCCAGAGCGUCCUUGACAGCCACCAGGCCUGGCGGCCCCUGUGAACGGAAAGAGACCCUAUCUCAAACUGAGGCAGCACUCCCCCCCUGUGAACGGAAAGAGACCCUAUCUCAAACUGAGGCAGCACUCCCGAUUGCUAUAUCUCGUGUUGCUUUGUGAGUAAUCUGAUAUGCAAAUAGCCCCUCAAGAAUCAAGCUAAAUUUGAAGACAACUUAGAAACAUUGAAGAGUCUAUCAUGGAGUACAAAACUGAUGGAAAAGAAAAAUACCAACAUAGCUUAAAUUUACUGAAUAAAAUUAAGAACAUGAAAGAAUUAGCAGAAAUGAUUGAUGUAGUAAUCAUAGCAGAAGGAGAGAAAUUUCCUUGCCACAGACUGAUCCUGUCUGUUUUCAGUCCUUAUUUCAAAGCCAUGUUCACCUGUGGGCUACUUGAAUGUGCUCAAAGAGAAGUCAUACUUUAUGACAUCACAGCAGAAAGUGUGUCAGUUAUAUUAAAUUACAUGUACAGUGCAGUUUUGGAGAUCAAUAAUGCCAAUGUACAGACUGUAGCUAUGGCUGCCUAUUUUAUGCAGAUGGAAGAAGUCUUUAGUGUGUGUCAAAAAUAUAUGAUGGACCAUAUGGAUGCCUUCAACUGUGUGGGUAUCUAUCAUUUUGCAAAGCAGAUUGGAGCUGAAGAUUUAUCUGAUCAGUCAAAGAAAUAUUUAUAUCAGCACUUUGCUGAGGUGAGCUUACAUGAAGAAAUACUAGAAACUGAAAUGUACCAGUUUCUAAUGCUUAUUAAAUCAGAUGACCUUAACAUAUCCAGAGAGGAGACCAUUUUGGACUUAGUUCUGAGAUGGGUAAAUCAUAACCAGGAAUUGCGCAAAGAGCAUCUUGUUGAGCUUUUGAAGCAAGUAAGACUGGAACUUAUAAAUCCUUCUUUUUUAAGACAAGCCCUGAAAAGAAACACAAUGCUUCUAUGUGAUGCAAAUUGCAUUGACAUAAUUCAAAACACAUUCAAAACCUUCAAGAAACCACAACAGCAUCCUCUAAAUCUUCGUUAUGGCAUGGAGACUACUAGUCUUUUGCUUUGCAUUGGCAAUAAUUCUUCAGGAAUCAGGUCAAGACAUAGGAAUUAUGGGGAUGCCAGUUUUUGUUAUGAUCCUGCAUCACGGAAGACCUACUUUAUCUCAUCUCCCAAAUAUGGAGAGGGUUUAGGAUCUGUGUGUACUGGUGUUGUCAUGGAAAACAAUGCUAUAAUUGUGGCUGGAGAAGCAACUGCCUCUAAACUCUCUAGACAAAAGAACAAGAAUGUUGAAAUCUAUAGGUAUCAUGAUAGAGGAAACCAGUUUUGGGAAAAGUUAUGCACUACUGAAUUUCGAGAACUCUAUGCUCUGGGCAGUGUCCAUGAUGACCUCUAUGUUAUAGGAGGACAGAUGAAAAUUAAAAACCAGUAUCUUAUUACAAACUGUGUUGAUAAGUACUCAGUAGAACAGGACAUUUGGAAAACGGUGUCUCCCCUUCCACUACAAUUGGCAUGUCAUGCUGUAGUGACAGUGAAUAAUAAACUUUAUGUGAUUGGAGGCUGGACCCCUCAGAUGGACCUUCCUGCUGAAGAACCUGAUCGAUUAAGCAACAAACUGUUGCAGUAUGACCCUAGACAAGACCAAUGGACAGAGCGGGCACCCAUGAAGUAUUCUAAGUACCGAUUCAGUACAGCUGUAGUCAACAGUGAGAUUUAUGUUUUGGGUGGAAUUGGCUGCAUAGGUCAAGACAAGGGCCAGAUUAGAAAGUGCCUGGAUGUGGUGGAGAUCUAUAACCCUGAUGGGGACUUCUGGAGAGAAGGCCCACCUAUGCCAAGUUCCCUGCUCUCUCUUCGAACCAAUUCUACCAAUGCAGGAACAGUGGAUGGGAAGCUGUAUAUCUGUGGAGGAUUCCAUGGAGCAGAUCGCCAAGAGGUUAUCUCCAAAAAAAUACUGGAGUUGGACCCAUGGGAAAAUCAGUGGAAUGUUAUAGCUAUCGAUGUCCUCAUGCAUGACAGCUAUGAUGUCUGCUUGGUUGCCAGGAUGAAUCCUCGAGACCUCAUCCCCCCACCUUCAGAUUUGGUGGAAGAAGGCAAGGAGCACUGAGGUCAGCAUUGCUACAGAACCUCCUGUUGUGUCUGCAAAGGAGGCAUUAGAAAUGGAGAGAAAUCUUGGGCAUCCAUACAUGUGCUUUAAAUGUGUAGUAGCCCAUGUGCAAAGCAGCAAGGACUGGUCACUGCAAGGGGAGUGUGCAGAGCCCACCCUUAGGGACCUUUACUUGCUCAAGGUGGACAAGAUACAACCAGGCAGAAUGUAGUGAUGGCACAGAAUGAGUACAGGGUGAAUUCCAUACUGCUGCGGACUUAAGAAAAUCAUCGCCAAGAAGCAGACCUUCUAUUAGGGCUUCAGAGGAUGAAAGGAAAGCAGACCCAUGUGUGCAAUUGAUAGUGAGAUUAUGGAAAUAGCUGAAUGAAGGACAGAGGUGGACCAGUUGGCCCGGGCCAAUGCCUUUGGUAUAAAAGCUAGAAAAGUAGGUUAUAGCUAAAUGACCAACAUUUGGAAGACCAAGGACUUUGGACCUAGUCUCUGAGCAGGGGCAUGAUCUCAAAAUUGUAGUAUAAAGGAAGACUUUGUGCUCUGUUCAGGCUUCAGUCUUAUAAAGACCAUCUAUUCUCAUGCAGAAUACUCUUCUAAUGCAACAAUAUUAUUCAAAACAGUGCUAGCAGUGUAAUAUAAGUUCAUAACAUCCCUGCCACUCAAACCCAACCACAGUGAGCAGAGAGAUUCUACCCUUGGCUGGGGCUGUGUCAGCAAAGGAGAUGCAGGGUUCUGUAGCCAUGGUCCUCUCUUGGGCUGGUACAGAGGGCCCUGGAUUGAACUUAACUCAAGCUGUCCUUGACUAGCUCUGAGACACACAUGGCCUUUUACAGUCUAGUCCUGGAUGAAUACAAUUGAAGUUCACCACUCAACCCAGACACAGACCAGGCUCUGUAGUAAAUAAGAGAGGAAGCAUGCCCCUUUGGUGGCCAGCUGCCCUCUUAUAUCCAGCCUUUGCAAUAUCUUUCUCAAGGCUGAAGAAGAAGAAUGGAAACUCCUUCUUCAGCCCACAGUUGAGCAUAAUCAGAAAACAGCCACUCCCAAAAAUGUAUUUUAGGAAUUACACCUGGGAACCCUGGCCAGGUGGCUCAGUCUAUUGGAGCAUUGUCCAUACACCAAAAGGUUAUGGGUUCAAUUCUUGGUUGGGGCAUAUACCUAGGUUGUAUGUUCAAUCACCGACUGGGGUAUGUAUGUGAACAACUGGUCAAUGUUUCUCUCUAAUAUCAAUGCCUCUCUCCCUCUCUCCCUCUUUCCCUUCUCUCUCUUCUGUCCUCUUCUCUCCCUUCUCUCCUUUCUCUUCUCUCUUCUCUCUCUUCCUCUCCCUCUCUCAUCAAUAAAUAUAACCUUAGGGGAAGAUAAAAAAACAUCUGGGAAAUCCAUCUGUUUUACUUACCAUCUAUACUUCUGGAAGCACAGUGGAUUCAAAGAAUGCACUUUGAUAGAUGGUGCUCAACAAUUUCUCAAGACUUUUACCCUACACAAGCCUCUGUUUAAAGCAAGAGUGGUUAGUAAAUUGCCUAGAACUUUACUAGAGGGAAACAUUCCUAGAUCAAGACAGCUUUUCCUUGGUAUAUAGUUGUGUGACUGUGGUGACUGCUACUCCAUGUCCCCAGGUUUCUAGCUGCUAACCCAGGCUGGAGAGACAUGUCCAUGGAGACAAGCUAGUUGUAAACCUGAUUUUGCCACCAUGAAGGGGGAUCCAGUUAGACCCAAGGUAAUUUGUUCCCUAGUAGGCUAGACAUGGUAGAAGCCAUGUCUCUCUCUCUGCAGUUGUACCAAAUUGCCCUCUGCAAUUACUGGCACAUAUGGGUCUUUGAGCGGCCAGUACAUGGUAGCAUUUCUUAAUCUGAGGUCUUGGUUUCUAGGAAUCUCAGUUAAAAUAAGUUAAAUCUUCUCCCUGGUGAAAAAGGUCCUAAUCUGUGGAUUCUUUUUCUUACUACAAAGGAAGAGUAGUUCCUCUCAGCAGAUGUAUUGGCUGGUGGUGUCCAUGUUGAGGGGAACCACCGCAGGUCUCUGCUUGACUGACCUCCUCUUAAUGGAACCCCUGCACCUGCUCCACCUAUUUGAAUAUAAAAGCUGUCACAUUUCCCUUGAUUAGAGAGGUGUUGCCAGAAUGUCAGAACACUUUUCUGGAUGCAUUGGAUUUCAGAUCUUGGCUUUAGUCCCAGGUCUGCUACUUAGCUGCGUUAUCUUGGGCAAAAUAACCUUUGUAAAGCCUUAUUUUCCUGAUAUACAGAAUGGGAAUAAAAAUCCUUUAUAAGUUUGGUGUGAGGAUUGAAUGAGAAAGUGGUAGCAGAGUGCCUGUAAGGCACUAAAACACUAAAUAUUUAUUAGCUGCUAUUAUUAUUAUUAUUAUUGUUGUUUUGUUGUUGUUGUUAUUAUUAUUAUUACACUCAGCAUUUCCCAAAGCAUAGUGCCCAGAAUAACCCAAUGCUUGAGUGCAAUCUCUUGAAAUUCUAGGCAGAAAUAUACAUAUAAUUUGAGAUAGUUCUUUUUUUAAUAAACCCUUUUUCUUUUUAAUUUUUUUUUACUUAUGGUUUGAGGAAGAGAGAGAUUUGUUGUUCCAUUUGUUUAUGCAUUCGCUGGUUUGUACUUCUAUGUCCUCUGCCUGGGGAUCGAAUCCACAACCUUGGCAUAUUGGGACAAUGUUCUAACCAACUGAGCUACCUGGCCAGGACUGCAGUAGUUCUUAAUUUUCCAGACCCAGCCUCUUGGCUCCUCCACUUGGUGUGUUCAGACAAGCAAUGGUUUGCUUUAGUGUUUUUUUUAAGCCCUUGCAUUUCUUGUCUGACUUUCAUACUUGCAGUUCAAAACUAGACACUUCUGCCCUCCUGUUGUUAGAUAGUGUUAGAGAUUCAGCUUUGAAAUGGCAUUUUUCUUUCAAUCCUUUUUUCACUUUAAUAUUGCAAUGGAGGACUUUUAUAAAACUUUGGCUAUUUGUUAGCUCUCUUUGUGAAGCAGGAUUGUUUGACACUGAACAAUAGAACACAAAAGAAAAGUGAUUUGGAUGCUAGGGCUGAUAGAAGAUUACAGUUGUCAAAUAUACCCAGGUUCAGUUUGUGUUCUUCAGGAAAGCAUUAUUGGUCUCACUAGUUGAUUAUAAUGAGCAAAUGCUUUGAAUUUGAACUUAUAAAAUUUUACUAAUAAAAGAUCACUUUCAUCUUGUUAUUCA